UCUGACAGUCGGUCAGCUGUUGCAGGAAAGUUUGGACAUAGUUUGAUAGCUCUCUGUUUGGUGUUUAUUAGAUGUUUUAUCUUGUCGGAACUGGUUUCACUGCGCCUGGUUUUCACCUGUUUACUUCGUCGAGUGCCUGCCUGUAAAUUAAUCCAGUUUAUAACUCUAUAUUUAUAAAAGUAAGUGGUACAGUAACUUUCGUAAUGAGUUUGAACGAGCACUCACUGCAGGCUCUGUCAUGGAGAAAACUCUACUUGAGUCGAGCCAAGUUAAAAGCCACCAGCCGCACUUCAGCUCUGCUGUCCGGGUUCGCGAUGGUUGCCAUGGUGGAGGUUCAGCUGGAGCGGGAUCAUAAGUAUCCUCCAGGGCUGCUGAUAGCCUUCAGUGCCUGCACCACUGUUUUGGUUGCAGUUCACCUCUUCGCCCUCAUGAUCAGCACCUGCAUCCUCCCUAACCUCGAGGCCGUCAGCAAUGUUCACAACCUCAACUCCGUCAACGAGUCUCCACACGAGCGCAUGCAUCGCCACAUAGAACUGGCCUGGGCUUUCUCCACGGUCAUCGGCACGCUCCUCUUCCUGACGGAGGUGAUGCUCCUGUGCUGGGUGAAGUUCUUACCCCUCAAAAGCAAAGCUGACGAAAACAACGGCACUAUAAGUUCCGGGGAGGCCGCAGCCAUCGCUUCCACCUGCAUCAUGGUGCCUUUUGGACUAGUUUUUAUCAUGUUCGCCGUCCACUUUUACCGCACACUUGUGAGUCACAAAACGGACCGGCAGAUCCGAGAGCUCGAGCAGGUCAUCCAGCUCCAGAACCAGCUGGACCACAGGGCUGAGAAUGAUGACCUGAAGGCUGCCAUCCACUUCCCUUAAUUAUUGCUGGUCAGCACACAGCAGCAGCGGACAUUCAACAGUGCCUUUAUUGUGAAAUCUCUUUUGAAAGCUUUAUUUUUUAUGUUUAUGAAAAGUGCUGAGAUGCUCUUUUUUUUUGGACUGCAAGCUUAAUCUGUCCAGUGUUGUAGGUUUCGACUGAUGCAUGUUCAUAACCCUCUGCACAUUAUAUAUUAGGAAAAACUGUUUUACCUUUAACUUGGCUGUAAAUCUUUUGUUCUCAGGAACUAAUUUCAGUGACCCGUGUGAUGACAUAUCAAAUCAUAAUGUAACAUCACAAAUUUUUAUAGCCACUUAAAAACACAUGCACUUGAGUGUACUAUCAAAGAAACUGUAAUGAUACCAAUUCAUGGAGCUAAAUAGCCAAAUUACUGUGCAGAUUGACUAUAGUGAUGAAAAAUAUUUCGUUGUGGUGCUGUAUCUUAGAAGAGGAUCUAGUAUCUCCUACGCAUGGAAAAUCUGGGUCAAAUUCUUGACCUGAGGCAACGCCACAACAGAUCAAAACAAUAACUAAAUUAAAGGUGCACUUCCUUGUUUGAAUAUGACUCAACAAGUCUGCGGUGUGAAGCCUGUUUUUGAUUCAGGUACACAGGCUGUGGUGCUGCUCUUUCUGCACUCUCCUAUAUGGACUUUACUGAUCUUUUUGAGCUGUCACAGUUUAUUCUGUGCUGUUUUUGGAGGUAUACUGUAUAACUUGCCAUCACUGCAACAUCCACCUGCGGCUUUAAAGGUCCAGUGUGAAGGAUUCAGUGUCAUAUUGUGGUGAGGUUGCAGAUUGCAACCAACUGAAACUUCUACCACGUGCCAAGUGUUUAGGAGAACUACAGUUACUGAUGCAAAACUGUGAAAAUGCAAGUGGCCUUAUCUGGAGCUAGAGUUUAGUUUGUCUGUUCUGGGCUACUGUAGAAACAACAUGGCAGACUCUGUGAAACAGGACCCGCUCCGUAUGUGUAACAAUUUUUAGUUUCAGGUGGUUAUACAUCGAUGAUAACAUAGUUAUGAAUAUUAUAUUCCAUGUCAGCCACUAUAUCUCCGCAAAUCCUACACACUGGACUUUUAGUGUCCCACUGAGGGGUUGCACUGUUUUUUUUCUGUUCUCACAUAUACCAGGUUUUGAAUUAGGCUCUGUAGGGAGCAUUACCAAGCCUCUAUUGUUAAUACAGAUUUUUGUAUUUCCAGGUGUCAGUCAUCUGACUGAAAUAUCAGUUGUAUGUCAAUCACUGUCUGCAUGCUUUAAUCAUUUUUAAACAUUUACAAGGUCUUACUGCUUCUUCUGUUUGUUUUGAUUUAUCUUCAUACUCAGCGGACUAAAUGGUUGUCAUCAAUUGUUUUAGAUUUUGUCAGGUGUUUGCUCCUCUCUUGUCUCCAUAACUAGGUUUUUCAGUCUUCUAAACGAAUUUCUAUUUUGAAAAAUCCUCAUUUUUUGAUGACAUCCAGAAACCUUGUUGCAUAGAAAUAUUUUUAGCAAAACAUUGUUUAGGUCUUUCACAAAACAAUCCAACAGUAUUUGUGUACAAUCUGAGGCAAUAGAAAACUUCAUAAAAAUUUGCUUUUAAUCAAAGUGUGUUAAUGCAGUGCACAUACAUAUAUUUUAGCAAGGGUUAUUAACCAAAAGUGGAAAAAAAAAUGAGAUAUUAAGGGCAACAUUUUGAGCCCUUUUGGUUGUGGAGCAGGAAUAAGUGUUGUAAAAUUCACAUUCAGAAAAAAAUUGAGAAAUUUGCUCGAUUUUAAUAUACUGUAAUCCAUAAAAAUGAAGUAUUGUUGAAUGUAUUACUGCAAAGCAUGCAUGUAUUGGAAAUGUGUUUAUAUGUUUUGUACUUUUCGUGGUUUACAAGUUUGAGCGUGUUCACACAUUGUUUAGGUUACAGAUUGUUUUGUGGUUUAUAGGGCAUGCUCUCUUUGUCCUGUGGCACAUGGCUGAAUAGUUUUACUUGGGUUUUUAACAUUUUUUUACUUUCCUUCAUCGUCUUUACUGUAAACUUGGUACAAAAACUCGAUCCAAACUCAAAUGAGGACAAAUGUGCACAUAUUUAGAGCUGGAUGGUGUUGAGCAAUUCAUUAUUAUCAGUUAUUCACUUAUGUGAUGGUGGUGUGUCAGCAUUUUCACAAUAUAUGUAUAUCGCAUAAUUGUAACAUACCGUAGUUAUAUCAAGGUAAUGCUGUGCUCAUUAUUGCAAUAUCAAAACUGUCUUUACUGCCCACCCUCUGCUCAUGGUUUUUGCUGAGUCAUGGUAAUGUAUGGGUGCUCAUUUUAGGCAUCAAACACCCAAAAUUGCAUUCAUAUGGUCCCAGCCAGACAAUAAUAUCUCUGUGACAUUUAGCAGAGAACAAGUAGGCAAUAAGGAGUCAGUAAUUUAUGGACUAUUUAGUGAAACAGUUGCUAUGCUUCCCCAAAGCACUGAUGGUGGUGUUUCUUAAAGACUAUUCAGAAGAAAUGAAAUGAAGACAAGUUUAUUCAUGUUAGUUGCACACAAGCUGGGACACUUCUGAUAAGAACUGCCAAGCUUUAGAAACAGAUGCAUGCAAAUGAAAUGCAUGUUUCUUUGGUUCAUAUUGUGGUUUAUUUAUUUAACCCUGUGUAUGUUACUGUGUAUAUAUAGAGGUUUCACUGCAAUGCACAGCUUUAAAGUUGUUUUUUUUUAGUAAAUACUGUAUUGUAAGUUUUGCUUAUGUGUGGUGUUUUAACCUGAUAACAGUCACCAGGACUUCUUUUAUUGUUGCCAGUGUGGGAAUAAAACACAUAUAACAUAAUUAUCAA